UGAAAGGGAAGUCACUCAAGUCGUGUCUGACUCUUCGCGACCCCAUGGACUGCAGCCCACCAGGCUCCUCCAUCCAUGGGAUUUUCCAGGCAAGAGUACUGGAGUGGGGUGCCAUUGCUUUCUCCAUCUCGCAAUACUAAUUGAGGGCAAAACUAAUGCCUAUGGAUGGAAGGAGGGCUGCCCUUGUCUCAGUGUCUGCUGUGAGGCAGUCUUUGAAGAAAUAUGUGACAUGUGGCAGAGCAAGCCCUUGAGGAAGAAGAGCUUGAAGUCCAUGGCCCAAAAUGACUCUACCACUGGAGACUUUCUUCCGUAAAGAGGAAGAUCAGACAGGAGGCUGGGAUGAACAUGCCACUGCAUCAGAUCUCUGCUGUUCCAUCCCAGGAUGCCACCUCUGCUAGAGUCCACAGAAGUAAAACCAAAGAAAAGGAGAGGGAAGAACAGAAUGAGAAGACUUUGGGACAUUCCAUGAGUCAUUCAAGCAACAUUUCUAAGGCUGCGGGCUCCUCGGUGGCGUCGGCUCCAGUGUCCUCCUUCCCUCGCGCUUCUGUCACGCCCUCCAGUCAGGACAUCUGCAGCGCGGUGUUUUCUGAGUGUUGUCGCCACAGUCCCGUGCCGUCUGCUGUUGUCUUGAAAGCUCCUCCCUGCCAGAGUCCUCUGACCCGAGGGCUCACUGUGACAGCUGUCUGUCGAGACACAGUGCAGGCGUCAAAGAGGAAUUCCUGUGGUUCAGAGUGGGUCCAGGCCUUGAAGCCUACUAAGAAUACCAGAGCCAGAAGAACGCUCAAGUUCUCAAAAUCCCUAAACGAUGUGGGUGAGAACGCCCAGGAUGCCUUGGAAAGUUUUGACUAUGUGGAGAGAACCUGCUCUGAAGGGAAAUUGGUACUCCCUCAGGACCCAUGUCUCAGAACCAACAGGUUCCACCAGAGAGAAAGAAGAAUACUGAAUCGCAAAGCCCUGGGCAGUUCCAAACAUUCUUGUGUUUCAUCCCUUUCUGCCAAUCGUUCAGCAGCCUCAGAGGCAGGAGCCAGCAAGGGGGGCACACAUGUCCUGCUUCUGGACGAGAAGGCGGAUGGCGAGGCCCUGUCCCGAAGCCGGAGGCUGCUGCGGUACCUGCUCUCACUCUCGCGCGGCUCGAGCAGCAGCAGUCUGCACCGUUUCCAUGAGCUGGAGAGCCGCGCCAGCAGCCCACAGCCUGCCAAGUCCUCCAGCAGGCUGGCUGGGAGCGCCGGCUUCUGCUCCGAUGAGAUGGGUGAUGACGACGUCUUUGAGGACAGCACGUCUGCAAAGCUGAGGAGCAGGCUGCUGCGGGCACCCCUCUGCUCCGCGGAGAAGGACAGUGACCUGGACUGUCCUUCCCCCACCUCUGAAAAGGGCCCCCGCCUCUCCCCUGUGUCCACAGCAGGGGAUGCCUGCAGGAUCUGUCACUGUGAAGGGGAUGACGAGAGCCCUCUGAUCACGCCCUGCCGCUGCACAGGGAGCCUCCACUUCGUGCAUCAGACCUGCCUGCAGCAGUGGAUCAAGAGCUCUGACACGCGCUGCUGCGAGCUGUGCAAGUACGAGUUCAUCAUGGAGACCAAGCUGAAGCCGUUGAGAAAAUGGGAGAGGCUGCAGAUGACAUCCAGCGAGCGCAGGAAGAUCAUGUGCUCCGUGACCUUCCACGUCAUCGCCAUCACCUGUGUGGUCUGGUCCUUGUACGUGCUCAUCGACCGCACUGCCGAGGAGAUCAGGCAGGGGCAGGCAACAGGAAUCCUAGAGUGGCCCUUUUGGACUAAGUUGGUGGUUGUGGCCAUUGGUUUUACUGGUGGACUUCUGUUCAUGUACGUUCAGUGCAAAGUGUACGUGCAGCUAUGGAGGAGACUCAAGGCUUAUAACAGAGUGAUCUAUGUCCAAAACUGUCCAGAAACAAGCAAAAGGAGUAUUUUUGAAAAACCUGCACUACCAGAGCCCAACUUUGAAAAUAAAGAUGGACGUGGAGUCUGUCAUUCCGAUACAAACUCUUCUUGUUGCACAGAGCCUGAAGACACUGGAGCAGAGAUCAUUCACGUCUGAUGGCACGGAGGCUGUAGCCCCUGGACAGCUGAGGACAGCUGAGGGAAGCUGUUUACUGCCAUUGUACACAUUUUCUUACGGCCUUUAAUAGCAUAGACUGGGCAGGUGACUAUUUUUAAUGGCUUCUCUUUUUUCUAAACCCUCCUUAGUGACUCUCCUGGAAAACCCUCAUGUCAGCUGUGCCCGGCUGGGUUCUGCUUCUGCCAGCGAGUCUACAGGAAGGGAGGGUGGACGAGCCUGUGGCCCCAUGAUGGGGUGCUGGCUGGGUUCUGGCUCGUAGCCUUGAGCAGGAUGAGAGAGCAAGAUGCCAGAGCUGAGGGGGGAAUGGGAGCAGGCGGCACCUGGCCCUGCCGCACCUCUUCUGGUCGGCAGGCCCCACCUCCCGCCCACUAGCUGAACUGUUGGGGGGGACCAGCCCUGCGGAGAGGCUUCUCCACCACUAAACAGGGCCUGGGGAGGCUGCCACUGCUUCAGUUCCCGAGCAGACGGGCCGUGGUGCUCUGUGCGUGGUGGUGAGUGAUUCACUAAGCAAAGCAAAGCACUUUACAAAAAGAGAAUCUUUAUUUUGUGAUACGUGUGUCACGCGGGAUUGACAUUUGAAAGGACGUCUCAUUUAGACACCUUCCUUUCGUGACCCUGAUUGUCUCCUUCACACUGUAAUAGAUCUGAAGCCCUUUUUGCCUUAUAUAUGCUAAGAAAUGUGAUUCCACUCUGUGUCCAUAAAAGGGACUCGUAAAGCAGAACAAACAGGUCGGAGGCAUUUUUCGUAACAUUUUGUGGGAUGAAUGGAUGGUAAAUGGCAGUUUGAGUGUAAUCUUGUGGUUUUAAGCCUGUUUUAUGACACGUCUUCCUGUCACAGGGCUGCCCUAAACGUUUCUUUUUUUGUCAGUCCUGAAGAAGAAGGGUUCAUGAGAUCUAAAUGAAAGGAAGUUGAGGUAUCAGAACAAAACGGAAUAUUUAAAAACUAUUCCUUUACAGACAGAGCUCUCCGGUUUGUGCUGACUUCACACUGAAGAAGCAGGCAUGUGUCGCCCAGCUGGGGCGCGUGCUGAAGGCGCUUUCAGGGGCCCGUGCUCCUGGCGCCUUCCGUGGGCCGCUGCCCGGGGCAGAGAGGCAGAUGGGCUGCCUCUGGCUGAGGGCCAGGACUGAGCAGAGACUGCCACGGCCCACCGCGUCCCGCUCCCAGCCACAGCCCUACCCAUUUGCCGCCUUAACUGGGCUGAACCCCUGGCCCUGCUCUCAGUUCAUUCUGUUGUCAGGGAUUAUCUCCUGUACCAUUUUUUCAUAAAACCAAAAUCACUACCAUCAAAUGGCCUUUGUACCUUUAAAAAGGUCUGCUUAAAAUUCUGUUUUUAAAGACCAGUUUCAUCAUACCAGACAAAAGAGAGUCAACUCCAGAAAAACAGCCCAGGGAGUUCUGCAGUAUGAGAUGAGUGUGCCCAGGCACUUACUCUGUGGGCAGCUCUCUGGAUGUCUUGGGUGGAGGCCCCGGGUCCUGCGCUCCAUCCUCUGAGCCUCAGGUGUUUCAUCCAACCUGUCAAGAGUAAGGAGCAAACAGAAGACGAUUCCUCUGCAUUUCAGCGUGGAAUGGUUUGUUUUGAAAGCCUCAGGGGAGGGCUUUGCCCUGCCAUGGCUCCUCUGGCCUGGCAGGUGCUGUCCAGCCAUAGCCCACCCUGGAAAUAGGUCCACUCGCCCUCUCCGUCUCCCAGGCCACAUCCAGCGUGUGCCCGUGCUUACUGUGCCCCAAAGUGCAAUUACCUACGCCCCUCCCAGCCUGGGGACGCCAAAUAGCUACAGGCUGUCUGCUCAGGAGAGCCGCAUCCCAGGUCUGCCUUGCCGGUGCCCUUUAGGAACUGCCCGGGCAAGGGCCCUUGUCCCUCUUGAUGGCAGGUGAGUCUUCAGGGAAUACUGGAUUUCUGAGUGGGCACCAUUCCCCCUCCCCCAGUGGAGCUCCCUGUGCUGUCCCUGAGAAGCACGGAGACUUCUGAUAGAGAGGAGAGUGUGCUCAGGUGGGGAUGGCCCCAGGACAGCCCAGCCAGUGUGGCUGGUGCCCCCCCCGUGGCAGAGGUGGCUUCAUAACCAGCGCCCUUACGUUGCUCCGUGGCCCACCCAGGCGCUCACGGGAAGCGCGCUCACACCAUCCCGUCACCUCCAGCCGAGCUCCUGAAGGCCUCUGCCUGUGGAUGGUCUGCCCAUGUCCUCCUUGUCUUUCCUGGGUUGGCACACACACAGCUUACCCAUGGCCGUUUUCUGUCCUCGCAGGGUCUGUUGACCGCCUCUGACCCCCAACUAACCCCCGCCCCCGCCCGCAGGCCCGACCGUGAGGCGCGAGGCCGGUGAAGGCGCUCUGCUGCCACCUGGUGCGGGCUGCGGACCUGCCGGGCGUUGCUUUGAAGAGUUAAUUAUUCCCCAUUUCCUCACCGUUUCGCACCUGACUGAACAAAUCAUAGAAACGUGGGGUAAGCUUGCAGGUCUCAGGGCCCGGAGGGCUGGAAUCUGAAGGCCAGGCGAGGGGGAGAGGGAAGCAGCCUGUGGUGUCGCCAGCCAACCAUCUCUGACUCGGCCUCUGCUUCCCCUCAAACUGUAGUUCCACUGAAGCACUUUUGUGGCUGAGUUUAAAAUUUUACUGAAAAUUAUAAAAGAUCGCUUCAUCCUCCAGACCUGUACGGUCUCUUGCCUUUUUUUUUUUUUUUGCUUCGGUCCACUCUUUUCAAUCUUAUGGGUCCAGUUUCAAAACCUGCAGCUGUGCCCUAACCUGGCUACAGACAUACAGGCCCCGGGCAGCUGGGCGGGUCCGAAAGCCUCGUGUAGAGCUGCCCCCCUGACCGGUGGUCGGCCCUGGAGCCGGAGGAGGCUAGGGCACACAGGAUAAAUGUCCACGAUGGCGUGGAUUUCGCCUGACGCAAACACACUUCUGAGAUACUUUCUCUCUUGCAUCUGAUCUGAAGUUUGCAGCUUCUGUCUCUAGCCCAAGGAAAGACUGAAACAUAGGGAAACAAAAGCGUCUGUCUUUGUUUUGAAAGUAAUGAAAUUGUGCAACUCAUCACCUAUUCAGAUGCAAUGUUUAUAGGAUGUUGAUUGUUAAUAAAGACCAAAUUUACA